AUGACUCCUGUUGAUAUUCAUACUGAGCUUCCAGAAAAAAUGGGAAAGCUGGUUCGUGCAAAGUCUGUUGAACAGGAAGAGGCGACAAUCCAUAGGCUUCAAAAUGAUCUGCAAGAAGUGAAAAGAGAUCCAGUUAAAGCCUCAACCCUGCAAACUUCAUCUGUGCAGUCAGCCCUGAACUGUAUUGAUAUUGAGGGGAUUUGCUGGUUUGUGGGGAUACCUGAAAAGAUCGGCAGAUUGGUUAUUGGACAGAAUGGUAUCUUAUCCACACCUGCUGUUUCAUGUAUCAUCCGAAAGAUCAAAGCAGCUGGUGGAAUUAUUCUAACAGCUAGCCACAGUCCUGGGGGACCUGGAGGAGAGUUUGGAGUCAAGUUUGAGGUUGCCAAUGGAGGACCUGCUCCAGAUAUAGUUUCAGAUAAAAUCUAUCAAAUCAGCAAAACUUUGGAGGAAUAUGCCAUUUGUCCUGAUCUCAGAGUUGAUUUAUCACGCCUAGGAAGACAAGAAUUUGAUCUGGAGAACAAAUUCAAACCUUUCCGAGUGGAAAUUGUAGAUUCUGUGGAUAUUUACCUGAAUCUCCUUCGAAGUAUCUUUGACUUCAAUGCGAUCAGAAAUUUGCUGACAGGACCCAACCAGAUUAAAAUAAGGAUUGACGCCAUGAAUGGAGUUAUGGGACCUUAUGUGAGAAGAAUCCUGUGUGAUGAAUUGGGAGCUCCUGCAAAUUCUGCCAUAAACUGUAUUCCUCUUGAGGAUUUUGGUGGACAGCCUCCUGAUCCCAAUUUAACAUAUGCAACUGCCUUGCUGGAGGCUAUGAGAGGUGGCGAGUAUGGAUUUGGGGCUGCUUUUGAUGCUGAUGGAGACCGCUACAUGAUCCUUGGCCAAAAUGGUUUCUUUGUUAACGCGUCGGAUUCGUUGGCUAUAAUUGCUGCCAAUUUGUCUUGCAUUCCAUACUUCUGUCAGAUGGGUGUCCGAGGAUUUGGCAGGAGCAUGCCUACCAGCACAGCCCUGGACAAAGUGGCAAAAGCAAUGAAGGUGCCUGUGUAUGAGACACCAGCAGGAUGGAGGUAUUUUUCCAAUCUCAUGGACUCUGGACGUUGCUCGCUUUGUGGAGAGGAAAGCUUUGGCACUGGGUCUGAUCACCUUCGAGAGAAAGAUGGACUAUGGGCUGUAUUAGUUUGGCUUUCCAUCCUAGGGGCUCGAAAGCAGAGCGUGGAAGAGAUUGUCCGGGAUCACUGGGCAAAAUUUGGCCGGCACUACUACUGCAGGUUUGAUUAUGAAGCACUGGAACCCAGAACAGCAUAUUUCAUAAUGAGAGACCUGGAAGCUUUGAUCACUGACAAAUCAUUCAGCCAUCAGCAGUUUGCUGUGGGUAACAGUAUCUACAGUGUGGAAAGAACAGACAGCUUUGAGUACAUAGAUCCUGUGGAUGGCACUGUGACCAAAAGACAGGGGCUGCGGAUUAUUUUUUCAGAUGCCUCCAGGCUUAUCUUCAGAAUGAGCGCUUCUAGCCAUGUGAGAGCUACCCUCCGAAUCUAUGCAGAGAGUUAUGAAAAGGAUCCUAGCCAACACAAUAAGGAACCACAGGCUGUGCUGAGUCCUCUUAUAGCAAUCGCACUGAAAAUAUCUCAGAUUCAUGAGAGGACAGGGCGAAAGGGACCCACUGUCAUCACCUGAAGCCAUGGAAGAUUGUUAAACCAGGGCCAAAAAAGGAACAGCAAGGAAGAGACAGUACCUUGCUGAAACACGUUAGCCAUUUGUGCCUUGUAUGAUUUAAAAUGUUUUCUGGGGGAUAGAGCUAGGGUGGGAAUAAAAAUUCGAUAUAAUAUUGAGCAUAUUCGUUUGCAUUGCUCUCCAGAUACAGUAGUGUAUUGACUUGUUUUACCUGCAAUAUCUUAAUUUCAAAUAACAUUAUAACCAAAGAAAGAGGCCUUAAACUUCAAAUGUUGUCAGCAAUCUGACAGAAAAGGAAAACUGCUUGGUUUUGAAUGCUGUGAUAAAGGUUGGGGAAAUUCCAGUUAGGGAGAGAGGGGGAAGAGUUGCAAAGCAAAGACAUGCUGGUGAAUAUUUUUUGGGAUCUUUGUCACCUUCUUGUUGGUUUAUGAAGAGACAUACAGAGCAUGUCUGAGGCACAGGGACUGUAUACUAAGCUUUGCAAGGGGUGUAUUUUCUCACCUGGUGCCACUCCUCCUCUCCUGCCUCCCAUUGCUCACAGAUGCACGCUGGCAGCAGUGUUGUAUACACACUUGCACAUGCUCCCAAAGAAGGGGUCAUCCCAUAUUGGUUUUACCCCUGCUUUUAAAGCAUAUCAAUGUGACUUGUGCCUUUAGAUUUUCCUGAUUUUUUUGACUCUUUUUUUUUUUUUUUCCCUCCAAAGGGAAGCAUUUGUGCUGUAGAAGCUGAUUGUGUCCUUCCAGCAAUAUGUCGGGUGUGGAAUCCUGCUGUCUUUUGCAGUAUUCCUCAUUACUGUCUUUGAAAGCUAAUCACUGCAAGUUCAGCAAUUUUUCAUGAAGGAGUUACUAUGGAAGUUUUUAAAUCUUUAGAAUACUCAUGCUCCACUUACCACUUGUAAUUGAAGCAGUGAUCAGGAAAUGAAACGCUAAUGAAUUAAAUAGAAAUACUUGUCUGAUUCACCAGCUGGACACAAUUUCUAUUAGAUUCUUUGUAACAGUGGAUCAUGAAUAAAAUAUCAGGGAGUGCAAAGGGAGAAGAGACAUCCUGGCAUUAAUCUGAGAAGGAUACUGGGGAUAUGGACAUCAGCAUUUUUCUGCUCAUGAAAUGAUACUGCAGUUCUAGCUACAAUACUGUGCCCUGAAGAAAAACACAAACACUAUAUGCAUGUGACUUCUUAGAAAGCUUUGUUUCCUUGGGAACAGUGUGGUCACGUGUAUCACUUGUCAAGGUGGAUUUGUGAAACUUGCUUCUUUGCAGUGUGUUUCAAUUCAUUGUGAUUGUCAAAUUUUAGUGCAAUUUAUAUAAUAUUGCAGUAAAAGAAAUUGUUUUGAUUUCUUUCAACACUUCUGUCAAAAAAUUGUUAUGGCACUAAGUACACAAUAAAGAAUAAUGCUGUA